AUGGCAGACGAUAGGAAAGAUGAAGCUAAGGCACCGCACUGGACCACGGGUCAGUUAGCAGAAGCUUCUUCACAUCCGCAUGCCGCAGAGAUGAAGGAGCAAAGUGGCCCAGGGGAAGGACUGGUCAGAAGUUCUAAUGGGUUUCCAUACAAAGAGGAUGAAGCUGGAGAAUAUGGCGCACAUGGACCACAGACCUCCUAUUCCAGAACCAAAGAGAAUGGAAUCAAUGGAGAACUAACUACAGGAGAGAAAGAUACUGCAGAAGAAGUAUCUGCGAGAAUAGUCCAAGUAGUAACUGCUGAAGCUGUGGCAGUUCUGAAAAGCGAACAGGAGAAAGAAGCCCCCUUCAAAGAUCAGCCAGCGCAAUUACCUUUAGCAGUUGAAGAAACAGCUAACCUGCCUCCUUCUCCACCCCCAUCACCUGCGUCAGAGCAGACUGGAACCCUAGAAGAAGAUUUACUUUCAGCCUCGAAGAUGGAAAUCCAUGGACAGGAAGGCACGAGCCUUCUCGCAGCUACACCCUUGAGCACGAAGGACGAAGAGAAAGGAAGGGAAUCCAGUGAGCACCCCGCCCAAGAUGCCUUAGUUCCACAGCCAGCAAAAACAGAGACUAUAGAAAAGAGAGAACCACAGCUCACAGGAGAAGAGAUGACGUUCCCAUCUCGGUUGGGAGAAACCUUGGACGCCACUCUGCAAGAGAAAGAAGAGAAGACUUCCACACCUCAAGAGCAAAGAGAUUUGCUAACAGAGUUGCAUAAGAAAAGUACACCAGAUGAAAAGGCCACAGAGACCCAGAAGUCUGCAACAGAAGCAUCUCCCUUGGAAUCUAAAGACGAUCAGAUUACUGUUACAAAAAAUGACUUUACCUCUCCUGCAAGCAUUGGUUCUUCUUCGCUCUCAGAAUCUAUAGCGGACGUAGGCACAGUAACAAGUGCCUUUUUUCCUGAAACCUUACCAGGUGUUCGACACACGUCUGAACCAGAAGAGAGUAGCAAAACAACAGAAAAGUCCGCUAUUACAGAGAUUACCAAAGACCUUUCAAAAGAUCAAACAAUGAACAAAGGGCAGAUGAAAAUACAGGAAGAAGAUUUUGCAGUGGUGGGCCCCAGUGCCUCACAAAAAGCCAUUGUAGAACAAACUCCAAGUCAGGUUCCCCUUUGGGAAGAAGAGAAAGAUAUGACGGAGGAUGAAAGUGAUGAAGAGAAGUACUCCAUGUCCAGUAAACAGAAGCUCAGAGAAUUGGAUGAUCAGCCUUUUGCUGUGUGUGACCAAAAACCGACCGUUCUGGGUAAAGACGUUCUGGGAAAAGACAUUGAUCCUAAAGAAGCAUACGAUGCACAAAAAGAUUUGGGGAUAACUGGGGAAUCAACGGCGUGGAAUGUUAAAAAAGAUGAGAAAACCCCUGGUGCUGAGGUCAUGGCAGACCGAUUCAGUAAAGAUUUUUUCCCUGAGAAAUACGAAGAGCAUUUAGAUACCGCUACGUUACAUGAAACCAUAGAGAAAUCCCCAUCUGAAGCACAUAAAGAGCCCCAGGAAGACAAACGUUCUGAAAAAGAAGGGAAAGGUAAAGUGUUUCCUGUUGCAGAUUCAGAUCCCCACCAAAUGAGGACAGAAGAAGAUAAAUCAGGUAUGUCCACAUAUUUCGAAACGUCCACUCUUAAAGACGAAGCUGUCAAGAGUGAUAAAGUACAGCAAGGCAACGAUUACUAUGAACUGAGUGAUUCAAAAGACCAGAUUUAUGAUAUCGACCAUAAAAAUUCUCUUGUAUCUGAAAAGGAGACUGAUGAAUACCAGCCAGAAGCACACCGACAGCCCAGUCCACCUGCUCAUCAAAUUGGAUACAGUACCCUUGCCCAGAGUUUCCCAGAAGAGGAGGCUAAGGAACCCAGCUCUCCUCCAGAAAGAAUGUAUACUAUUGACCCAAAUGUGUACGGUGAUAAGAGAGAACUCCACAAUAAAAAUAAAGAUGACUUAACUCUCAGCAGGAGCUUAGGACUUGGUGGAAGAUCCGCUAUAGAACAGAGGAGUAUGUCAAUAAAUCUCCCAAUGUCCUGCUUAGAUUCUAUAGCCCUGGGGUUUAACUUUGGACGUGGUCAUGAUCUUUCACCUUUAGGUUCAGAUAUUUUAGAUACGGCUAGUGGAGAUGAAGGCGAUGAUUACUUGCCUGCCACCACCCCACUAAUAGAAAAAGCUCCCCCCUUCCCAACAGAAGCAGAAGAGGAAGAGAGGAUAGAAGAGUCCAAAUUUAAAGAAUCAGGAGAGAUUCAGGUGGAGCCUUUAUAUGAAUCCCCUUUGCUAGCUAAAGAUUAUUACAAAAACGGAACUGUAAUGGCUCCUGACUUACCUGAAAUGUUAGAUUUAGCUGGCACGAGGUCAAGAGUAGCAUCCGUGAGUGCAGACACGGAGGUGGCACAACGGAAAUCUGUUCCUUCAGAGGUGGUUGUUGAGGACAGCUCUGCAGUUCAGCAGCUUAUGACUGAUGAGGAUCACAUGACUCUAAGAGCUGACAGUCAAAUAGAAGAUUUAGGCUACUGUGUUUUCACCAAAUACACGGUGCCAAUGCCAUCUCCAGUUCAGGACAGUGAGAAUUUGGCAGGAGAAAGCUGCUCUUAUGAGGAGAAAAUGAGGAGAGGUGUAGUUACAGAUCUCUCGUUGAUAGAAGUGAAGUUGGCAGCAGCUGAGAGAUCCUGUGAAGGAAAAGAGGUUUCUGGGGACUCCACAGUUUGGGGCCAGGACUUUGAACAAGAGAGAAAAGCUAUUGAUAAGUUAGAUACUGUGUUAGAAAAAAGUGAGGAACAAGCUGAUGCUAAAGAAGUAUCUUUUCCUGAAGAUACUGAACAUGAAAUAAAGCUUGGGGCAGAGCUAGCAGGUGUUAAUGAUAAAACUCUAGUUGAGCCAGAAGAAAAGUCUUCAUUAAUUAAGGAAGAGGAAAAUGCUAUUCACGUUGCUGCAAAUAUAGAUAAGGCAGAAUUGUCCUGCAAACCAGACUACGAUGCUAUAAAGCAUGAUAUGGAUUCUGCUGCUCGGCAAGUGGAACAGGAGUAUCAGAGUAAAUUAGGAGGUCACAUCACUGAAUUAGUUUCAGAGCAGAAUAAAGAAGAUCCAGAGAAGAUUCUCUUUGCAUUACACCAAGAACCUGAUCUAUGUGCAACAUUGGAAUCUAAUAAUAUUAAAGAUGCAGCUAAACUGUCUGAAAUUGAAAUUAAGGAAAAAGGCCCUAAGCCUGAUCUGGUGCAUCAAGAAGCAGUAGAUAAAGAAGAAUCAUAUGAAUCAAGCGGUGAUAAUGGUCAAGUGCAAGAGGGAUUGUCUGGAGAAAUUUCAAAGCCACAUGAGGGCAAAAUACAACGAGAAAUCCCACCUUUACCAGAGGAAGAACAUGCAGAAAAAAGUAUAUCAAAAGUUAUUCAAGAAGAAACAGCAGAAACUCAAAUGGAGAGCAUAAUAGAACAUAAAGAAGACGCCAAGCAUGUGAAAGAACCUGAAGUAGAGAUUGAGAAAGACGAAUAUGAAGAAAAGGCUAAAGAAGAAGAAGAGGAAGAGAUCAAGCAAGCAGAAGGACAAGAAGAGGAAAAAGAGAAAGAAGAGGAAACCAGUAAGCAAACGAGUAAAGACGAGGACUUGGAGAGCCCCAGUGAAGAAGUAUGUAAGGCUAUCCCUGUGGAGAUACCUGAGCUCAAAGGAGUAAUAGAAUCUGUUGUUACGGUUGAGGAUGAUUUCAUUACAAUUGUACAGACAACCAUUGAUGAAGGAGAAGCCAAUUCCCACAGUGUUCGCUUUGCUGAAACAGCACAGCCUGAAACAGGCGGAGAAGGUCCCUGUACUGAAGAGCUGGAUAUGGAGGCAGAAGUUAUUGCUCAUGUUGAAGCAGACUCAGAAGAAAAGUCUUUGGAACCUCCGGGCUCAGCUGAACAGGAAGAAAUCCCAGCAACUGAUUACAAGACAGAAACAUAUGACGAUUAUAAAGAUGAAACAACAAUUGAUGACUCCGUCCUGGAUACCGACAGCAUAUGGGUGGAUACACAAGAUGAUGAUAGGAGCAUCAUGACAGAACAGUUAGAGACUGUUCCUAAAGAGGAGAAAUCAGAGAGAGAAUUGCGGAGACCAUCUCUUGAUAAACAUAAAAAAGAAAAACCUUUAAAAACUGGGCGAGGCAGGAUUUCUACUCCUGAAAGGAAAAUAGCUAAAAAGGAACCUAGCACAGUCUCCAGAGAUGAAGUGAGAAGGAAAAAAGCUGUGUAUAAGAAAGCUGAACUUUCUAAAAAAGCUGAAGUUCAGGCUCACUCUCCCUCCAGGAAAAUCAUUUUAAAACCUGCUAUCAAACACACUAGACCAACUCAUCACUCCUGUGUUAAGCGGAAGCAGACAGCUGCUGGUGGUGAAAUAAACCAGAUGCCUGGGGUGUUUAAACAAGCAAAGGAAAAACUUUCGGAUGGAAUAACCAAGAGUCCUGAAAAGCGCUCCUCUUUACCAAGACCUUCUUCCAUUUUACCCGCCCGAAGAGGUAUCUCAGCAGACAGAGAACGAGAUGAAAAUUCUUUCUCCCUGAACACCACCAUCUCAUCCAUACGACGAACUACAAGAUCAGAACCUAUUCGAAGCCGAACAGGAAAAAGUGGUACAUCAACUCCAACUACUCCAGGAUCAACUGCCAUCACUCCUGGAACCCCACCUAGUUAUUCCUCUCGGACCCCAGGAACACCUGGGACCCCUAGUUAUUCCAGAACCCCGCAUACACCGGGUACCCCCACAUCUGCGAUUCUGGUACCCACUGAGAAAAAAGUUGCUAUCAUACGCACACCUCCGAAAUCUCCAGCAACCCCUAAGCAGCUUCGUCUGAUUAAUCAACCUCUACCAGAUCUCAAGAAUGUGCGGUCCAAAGUUGGAUCAACAGACAAUAUCAAGUAUCAGCCUAAAGGGGGGCAGGUGCAAAUUGUAACCAAGAAGAUAGACUUGAGUCAUGUGACUUCUAAAUGUGGUUCCCUGAAGAAUAUCCGUCAUAGGCCAGGAGGGGGUCGAGUGAAAAUCGAAAGUGUGAGACUCGAUUUUAAAGAAAAGGCUCAUGCCAAAGUUGGCUCACUUGACAAUGCUCAUCAUGUGCCUGGAGGAGGUAAUAUCAAGAUCGACAGCCAGAAACUCAAUUUCCGAGAACACGCAAAGGCCCGUGUGGACCAUGGCGCUGAAAUCAUCACCCAAUCUCCUGGCCGGUCAAGUGUGGCUUCCCCUCGGAGGCUGAGCAAUGUCUCCUCCUCCGGCAGUAUCAACCUGCUUGAAUCUCCUCAACUCGCCACCUUGGCUGAAGAUGUCACUGCAGCCCUCGCUAAACAGGGCUUAUGA